AGUUAAAAUCUACAAACUAAUUUUAGAUUAACCAUAUGAUGUCUACAGACCAGAAUCCCCAGGAAAAACCAGACUGAUCCAUGAGAUAGUCAUCAAUUAAAUUAUAUUAAUGAUGUCAUCCUUUGUUCCCACAGACCUCCAACAGCCAAGUGUCUCCAAUGAAGAAGAAGCUUCUGCCAUCCUACAAGUCUGGAGCCUGGCAAGUAGGUCCAAUCAGGACCAGAAAGAAGGAGAACAUCAGUGGACUGAAGAGGAACAGAUGGAACCAGAACAAAUUAAAAAAGAAGAGGAGGAACCAGAACCUACACUGUUCAAACAUGAGGAAGUAAAAUAUCCACAAAUAUACGUAAGAAAAGAGGAGCUAGAUUCUUCAGUGCUUCAACAUGAACAGCAGCCCCCAGACCAUUUACCAACUGGACAGGACCAGAAGGACCUCUGCAGCAGUCAGGAGGGAGAGCAGCUUGUUCAGAAGCAGUUUGUUGCUUUGAUUGAGACUUCUACUCUUCAGGAAGAUGAUAUGAGUGAAGAAGAGACAAGAACAGAGCAGCUUUCCCUUCAUGUCUCUCCAGUGGUUGAGAGCAAAGAUCAGGAAGGAAGCAGCUGCUCUGUGUCAGAGAGUCAGUCUGAUACUGGCACAAAGAAAAGACCUUUCAAAUGUGACAUUUGUGGGAGACGUUACACACAUCAGUGUAACUUGAAAAUCCAUCACAGAACUCACACUGGUGAGAAACCUUAUUCAUGUGAAACAUGCGGAAAAAGUUUCUCUUUAAUUAAUGUUUUAAAUCGGCACAAGAAAAUUCAUACAGGUGAGAAACCUUUUUCAUGCCAGUCAUGCGGAAAAAGUUUCUAUCGAAUUAGUAAUUUAAAUGAACACAAGAAAAUUCAUACAGGGGAGAAACCUUUUUCAUGCAUGUCAUGUGGAAAAAGUUUCUCUCGAAUUAGUCAGUUAAAUUACCACCAGAAAAUUCAUACAGGUGAGAAGAAUUUCCACAAGAAACAAUAAAUCAAUCAGCAGUAAAUA